AUGUCCAUCUCCAACCAGCUGGACUCCACACCGCCGCCAGCUGUCCAUCUCCAACCAGCUGGACUCCACACCGCCGCCAGCUGUCCAUCUCCAACCAGCUGGACUCCACACCGCCGCCAGCUGUCCAUCUCCAACCAGCUGGACUCCACACCGCCGCCAGGUGUCCAUCUCCAACCAGCUGGACUCCACACCGCCGCCAGCUGUCCAUCUCCAACCAGCUGGACUCCACACCGCCGCCAGCUGUCCAUCUCCAACCAGCUGGACUCCACACCGCCGCCAGCUGUCCAUCUCCAACCAGCUGGACUCUACACCGCCGCCAGCUGUCCAUCUCCAACCAGCUGGACUCCACACCGCCGCCAGCUGUCCAUCUCCAACCAGCUGGACUCCACACCGCCGCCAGCUGUCCAUCUCCAACCAGCUGGACUCCACACCGCCGCCAGCUGUCCAUCUCCAACCAGCUGGACUCCACACCGCCGCCAGCUGUCCAUCUCCAACCAGCUGGACUCCACACCGCCGCCAGCUGUCCAUCUCCAACCAGCUGGACUCCACACCGCCGCCAGCUGUCCAUCUCCAACGAACCAGAUUGAUUAG